AUGUUUGAGCUGCACACUGAGAAAAAUAAACACACUGAAAUGAGUGAAUACACUGAAAGAAAGGUGGUUGGGUACUAUACUAACUGGUCGCAAUACAGAACAGCAACUGUUGGAGGGUGGCCCAGCAAAUUCACACCAGAAAGAAUUGACGCGAAAUUGUUUGACGUUUUGAAUUUUGCAUUUGUGACUUUUGAUGACACUUACGAAGUGAAAGAAUAUGAAUGGAAUGACAACGUUAUGAUACCACAAUUGGUCUCAUUGAAAUCACACAACCCAAAUCUCAAAGUGUGUGUGUCGAUUGGUGGGUGGAAUUUUAACGCAAACGCCAAAACAAAACACUUGUUUCACGAUAUGGCUGCUACUUCAGUGUCACGAAAAAGAUUUAUAAAAAGCGCAAUCCAAUUUGCGAGAAAGUACAAUAUGGACGGAAUUGAUAUUGAUUGGGAAUACCCAGGCAAUGAACUCCAAGGAGGACAUCCAACCGACUUUUUGAACUUCAAUUGCCUUGUGAAGGAGUUCAGAGAGUUUGUGGAAAUCGACUCUAAAGAGGAAAACAAAGAACCUCUUCUUAUUACAGUAGCCGCGCCUGCGGGAAUACAAAACAUCCAAAACAUUGACGUUGAAACUGUCUCGAAAUACAUCGAUUGGUUUAAUUUGAUGACAUAUGAUUUACAUGGAGCAUGGGAUAACAUCACAGGACCUCACACAGCACUGUAUUCAACAGAUGGAUUGAGCGUUAAUGACUGUGUUUCAGAGUACUUGAAAAGUGGAGUACCAAGUCACAAACUUGUGCUUGGAUUGGCGCAUUACGCACGAGGUUGGACUGUCAACAACAAUACAACCGAACACAAAAUGGGAGAGGAAGCAAGUGGGCCAAGUGAAUGUGGGCGUUGCACGGGGGAGAACGGCUAUCUAGCGAAAUAUGAAAUCGACGAAAUUAUUCCAAAGAACAACAUUUUCUUUGACGACACGUCGAAGACUCUAUUUGGUUAUUUUGACAACAAAUUUUACACAUUUGAUGAUAAAGAGACUUUCAAAAUGAAGGUGGAGUAUGCCAAAGAGAAAUCUCUAGGUGGAGUAAUGAUGUGGAGUGUUGACUUAGAUAAAGACUUUGUCAACACAAAGUACGUCAGAAGUGUUUUAGCAUCUGAUUGA